CACAGAGCUGGGGCGCCGUGGGGACAGAUGGAAGUCGUCGGGCGCGGAACGCCCCCUCUUUUCUGCCCUGAGAACUGACAGGGCCAAGUCACCGAGGCUCCCGGUGCCCCCUUGAGUUACGCCACCCGCUUCAGGGAGUCUGAGGGGCUCGGUCUCCCGGAGCGACAGGACCGUAUGUCCGGGAAUAGAGGCGCACACGCGGGCGGGAAGGAACGGCUGGGGACCUCUCGCUGCCCUAAGGACUGUGCAAUGUGUACAGACAGUGGGGAAGUUAUGUGAGAAAGACCUGGCCCUCGCCUUCCCGAGCUGACAGACCAGCACAACUACUCCCUUUUUGGCCUGUCCAUCUCUAGCCUCAGCCUCCUUCAAUCCCAAGAGGAAUACUGAACUCCAUCCAGCAAGACAUGACAACAGUCCUCCAUUCACCUACCCACUUCCAACUGUACCAGAGAACUGCAGCUUCCUGGGAAGAAUGUCCCAGAGGUGGUGCGGAGCUACUGUUCGAUGGUGUGAAGAAGCAUCAAGUCACCCUACCUGGACAGGAGGAGCCCUGAGUGCAGACCAACCCCUGACACCUCAUGGAUCUGUACGUCUAAGAUGGAAUGAAGGGGACAUCCGGAACCUCCUUGUCUGGAUCAAGAAGAAUUUGUUAAAAGAGCGGCCAGAGUUGUUCAUCCAGGGAGACAGCGUGCGGCCAGGAAUUCUGGUGCUGAUUAACGAUGCCGACUGGGAACUGCUGGGUGAGCUGGACUACCAGCUGCAGGACCAGGACAGCGUCCUCUUCAUCUCCACACUGCACGGAGGCUGAGGGUCCCCUGGGCCUGGGCACCUUCGGGGCAGUGCAGAGCAAUCAGAGUCCCCCUGGGCCCUGCUUCCAGGUCUUCCUGUCCCCUUGUCUGCUUUCUUCCCUGCUCUGUCCCCCCCCACCUACCCGAGCUCCCUCCAGGCAGGGAAAAGAGGCCAGGUGCUAAAAAUGAGACUUUCUCAGGCACGUGAGCAGGGAAGGCAGGCAGUGCCUGAGCCCAGCACUGCCUCUCAGCAGCUGGGUGGGGGAGGUGGCCCUCUGGUUUGUCGGGAGUGAGGAGGGCUCUGUGGCCAGGUGACCCAGCUGCCUUCUAGCCCUUGUGCCUCAGUCUAACACUGAGUGACCACUGACAGAAUGCUCGAGCUCCUGGGCCAGUGUCCUCUUGAGGAAGAUGAAUGGAUCUGAAUAGCCAAUGGGAGGCCCUCCCUUCUCAAAGAUUGGAGUCUCCGCCUCAGUUUCCCCAUCUGGACAGCAGAGGGCUCUGCCUGUCCCCCACUGACAUCAUUAUGGAACCCCAGCUGGGGUCCCCUAUUCAAUGCUGACCCCCUCCCCCCCACCCAGCAGCUGCUCUUCCAGCCACAUCCCUCCUGCUCCCUCCACCCCCAGCCCUUGACCCUGGCUGGCCUCCCCCCACAACAGGCCACCAGAUGGGCUCCUGAGACACUCCCCAGGCUGCCUACAGCUCAUUCUGCUGGAAGUGGAGAAGGGAGGGAGUCAGCUGAACCUUGGACUGGCAAAUAGAGGCCUGGGGGGUGGGGAGGGGGCAGUGUGCCUCAGUUUCCUCCUAUGCCAACAGCUGAAUAUUUACAUUAUCUGUAAACCAGCGAGAUACUUGAUGGCACAGAAGUAGGCUUUAUCUCCCUUUCUUCCUUCUUCAGGAAGCAGGAUGGGGACAGGCAGCACCUGGUGGGUAGACCCUCCUCCCUCCAUCCUCUCUGGAAGUCUUGGGUCCUCAGUGUCUGUAGCACCUGGCCUUGGUCAAAUAAAAGACUAAGUUGUUAACUA